CUCGACCAAUCAACUGGGGCAAGAGGCGGGACCGGUUCGCCAUCAGGCUUGGGUGGUGUGCGGAGGCACCUCGGGAUUGUCUCAGUAGGUUUAAAGUGCACAACAGUAUGGUGAUUGCAGGCCAUGGAAUCCAUACGUGUGACAGCUAGAGAUCUUUGCGAAUAUGAUGAUCUUGCCACAAGCCUGGUUUUGGAUCCUUACCUGGGCUUUCAAACCCACAAAAUGAACAUCAGCAAUCGACCUGUUGUGAGGAGACACCAAUAUCUCAGGGACAUUCUCCAAAAGUUUCUUAAGUCACGAGAUUUGGAGACAGUGUAUCGGGCCUUGACAUUGGGAGACUGGGCUUGGCAUUAUUUCUUGCACAAAACUCCUCUCGAAGAAGAAAUAUUUAAAGCUCAGGUAUUCCGUUACCUUCGAAUGUUCCUACCUGAAAGUGGCUUUGAAAUUCUACCUUGUAAUCGAUACUCCUCAGAAUCCAAUGGUGCGAAGAUUGUGUCUUUAAGAAAGUGGCAGGAAAACGAUAAGAUUGAGCUGUUAGUCGGCUGCUUGGCGGAACUUUCUGAGAAGGAGGAAUCUCUGCUGCGACCAGGGGAGAAUGACUUCAGUGUGAUGUACUCGACCCGGAAAAAAUGUGCUCAGCUCUGGCUAGGGCCUGCUUCGUUCAUUAAUCACGACUGCAGACCGAACUGUAAGUUUGUUCCGACUGAAGGUGACCGUGCGUGCGUAAAAGUUCUUCGAGACAUUGAACCUGGAGAUGAGAUCACCUGUUACUACGGUGACAGUUUCUUUGGUGAAAACAAUGAGCUGUGCGAAUGCCACACUUGUGAAAGGCGAGGAGAAGGAGCUUUCAAGAUGAAGAAGCGUGCCAUUGAGGUGGGCGCAUUGUGCAAGUAUGGACUGAGAGAGACUGACAGUCGCCUGAGUCGUAUGAAACAGAAAGGCAAAGGACGUCGGCCCAAGGGAGCGCGUGUUGAUUUAUAUCAGAAAACAGUGGAAAGAGCCUUGUGGCAGACUUCAGCCAGAAGGCUGUCCUUAAGUUCAAGGAGGGGCAAACGUGGAAAAUGGAAAAGGCGAACUCCAAGUAGAGUUCACACAAAGUCGCCACCUGUGCUUCAGUCAACACCGUUACAGCUGCAGAAUGCUCAGCCUGAUGAAGUGAUAGACGUGGCAACCGAUGCAGGCUCAGUGACUCAUUUGCAGAAUGGGAGCCAGACAGCUGAUCAGGGAGGGGAGACUCCUUCGCAGAAAGGUGAGGCAGAAAGCCCUCACUGUGGAUUUGGCCAUUCCUCAACAUUACAGCUUCAGCCCAGUGCUGGGCAAACUGACCCUGAAACACCUGUAACAUUCCAGAUGCCAGAAGGUGUCUUCCUGAAGGACCUGCGAGUGGAUUUACAUGAUUGCACGAAUCUGGUUGGACCAUUGAUCAAUGUAGAUGAAGCAGCUACGAGAAAAAACGAGAUGUAUGUGUGGGACAAGCCAGAGGUAAACCCAGGUCCAGAUACUCACCAGUGUCCGGAAGACGUGUCCAAACAGAAAAUCCCAGCCAGCACCAAUACAGUCCUAGCACCUAAGCUUGUUUGGAAAGAUUGUAAUACACAUCAUUUACCUGAAGUCACCCUUGCUUCAUUGGACCAAGCACCAACAAAACCUCAGAGCACAAAAGAAGCCAUUUCUACAGGCUCAACAGCUCAUCAUUUACAGACUGCCAGCGAGAAGGAGUCUGCUGGCACACUGAGCAGGAAACGGAAGAGGAGGAGGAGGAGGAAAAGGGCAUUGAGAGGGAGAACUAGUCAAAAGAGAAAGAGCUCACAAAGCCCAGAGAUACCACCAAGAAGAGCAUUUGGUUUGACCCACUUCGUGAAAAUCGAUUUGAGCAAAGAUGCCGUCCUUGUGACCAGUGUCAAAAAUGAAGCACAGAGCUCAGUACAAGGCAGUGCAAACUCUCAGCAAAAGUGCAGUCAAAGUCCACACAUUUCAGUGGACGGGAACUGUCAAGCUGCACGCUUAUCGGAAAUUCGAGAUGUCCGUGUCGUUCUGGAAGAUAUUUCGAAGAUCUGUGAGUGUGCCACUCGCACGUGGUAUGUUCAAAGAAGGCUGUCUGCAAACCUGAGCAUGGGUGAAGAGGGAGAAAGCCAGUUGCUGGAUUCCAAACUGGGAGCUGAGCCAAGAGCAGCUGGUGGAUUGUGGAGGACUUUGCCCUGUGCUGAGCUUCGCUCUUGUGCAAGCAGGCAAGCGAGGCAAAACAGGUGGCCAGCUCACAGGCAGAGGGCAGGUGGUCAACAGCCGCUGAAGCAAAGCAUCAAAAGGAAGGCGCCCGAUGGUGAGAGAACAGAAACUGUGAACGGACUGGGCUCAGCAGCCAGUAACAAUCCACCACGUGACGCAACCCAGCGCAAACGCUCCAAGCAUUUCCCAAGCUGUGCACAGGAGAUGAGGGUCUGUAAUGGAGAGGUGACGGGGCUGGGACCAUCACAGAGUACAGUGUGUGCUGAAGGCAUGCUGGCUCGUGAUUGUUUUGUAUUCUCGGUGGAAGAUGACAAAAGACCCGCAGCUUUCACCCCGUUUGCUAGAUCCAAGCGCCUGCGUCUGGUUGUCAGUCAUGGUUCCAUUGACUUUGACAUCUCCUCUUUGACAAGUGAGGACUCUGUCUGAGUGUUACGUUGGGAUCAGAAAUGAUUCCACACCACCCUCCUUACGCCCUCAUCCACCUCCCCUAGCCCCCAUUCCCCAUAACGAAAUAUCUACAAAAAGGAGAGAAAGAAAUUCAAUUUCUAAUGCUGCCCACACAUACAGAGAAGUAAUGUUGAAAUUCCUUCCUCCUGCGUUCUGUUAUUGGUUAGCUCUCUGGUUUGAACUGUAACAAUUUGUCCAGUUUGCACAAUGAUCUUGAGAUGGUGGGGCUCUACUUAACAUUGACUUUGCACUCCCAAGCACGGGAUUCAGCCAAACCCAACUGGAAGCCCCAAGAGAUUCUCAUAUCUGGGGGCAUCACUUGUUCUCAACCAGGGCAGGAGUGAUUAGAAGUGUUGUUGGCUGCAUUGUAAUUUGGGUGGCGGAGAGGGGGGAGGAAAUCAGCUAAUAUCUACUGAGAACAGCAUCAUCUGGCGUGCUGUUUGGACAAAUAGCUAGCUUGACCAUUCAGUAUCUGGAUUAAUGGGGGCACUUGACUGAGGUACCAGAGAGCUGCCGCUGCCCUGAAGCUGCAAGAGUUGUGAGAGGACAGGAGAGUCGGGGAGAAACAGAUCUAUAUCUCUGUGCAAACUAUGAAGUGGCUGUGUCUGUCCUGCUGGUCAGUUUAGGCAGUGGGUUCCUGACUUAAGUAGUUCGCGAACUGGCAAGUAACACAGCAUGUAAAGAACAAUUCACAAAAGUGAGAUUGGUUUGAACUUUCCUUUGAGUGCUCCUUAAGUAGAAUUUGAAGUACUCUCUCAUUUUCUCAACUCAGUCCCAGGGACAAUUCUUAAAGCUUCGUAUAACCUCAGGAUAACAACUUUUGGUGCUUAUUGGUCAGCUGAUAUGCUUGAUAUCCUUCCUCAUGAGAAAAGUAAAAAAUUUUUUUAAAGCCAAGGUUUUUCUCCUUUUUUUGUGUCUGUGAAGUCUACAAGCAGUUUUAUGGGUUUUCUCUUUUUCUCGUGGUUCCAACAAGAUCUGAAAAUUUCACAUGUGUCCAAGGGUCAAUGAUGUCAUUCAGAUUCCUGGGAUCAUGCAACAACCAGACAGACCUUCCUGCUCUUUCCCCCAUGCUGAUUUUUUUUUGUUUGAAACAGUUAGCCCAUUUAGUCAUAUAUCUCCAUAGGUUUGCAGUGUUUCUUUUUCAUAUACGUUUACAGUGAACUUUUCAAAGUUGUGAAUGAAUAUGCUUCCGCAUUCCCCUUCAGAUGGUGUACACAACAAUUUACUGCGUUUAACAUAAGGUUAAGGUAACUCCCUCCUUACCCAGCUCUAUUUGUCAUGUAUCAUAGUGUGGUUUCAAUAAAAUGUAAUUGCAAAUGUGUUGCAGAAAACACUCAGUAGUGCAGUUAUAGGUUUGGAUCUUUACAGUAGGACACAGAUAGUUAGAAAUGUCUGUUGUUCUUGGUGUUUUGAUGCAGUGAGUUUAAGAAUAUCCCAUAAAAUGCAACAUCAAUAUGUUUUCUUCAUAACAUCUUGGCACUGUGUAGUAAAUAGACCCAUGUCAACACUGGUUGUCGACCUUGGAAUACAGGGUGAGAAUACGAUAUGCAUAUGUUACCUAUAGCAGUGUAUACGAAUAUGUGUCUGUUCACUUUUGUCAGUGUGCUCCCUCUGCUGGCCUGAGCUGGGUGUUUAAAAAAAAUUCAGACUUGUCAGUACAGUUAGUCAGUAGCAAUUAAAUAAGCAUGCUUAAUCACUGUUAUUUUGACCUUGCAGUUCAGGUGAAGAGAGUCCCAUUAAAAACAGUCAAGGAAUCGAGGUGAAAGGAUCAAGCUAUAUGUGUUAAGCCAUGCAUUUUUAGGCUACCUACCUGCUCUCAAAACAUCUGCCUAUGUAACUAAUGACUAGGACAAGCGAUUUGGUGAAGCAAUAAAAUGAGAACUAGGAGUGUUCAGCCCUUGGAAUUUGCUCCUCUAUUCAGUAAUAUCAUAGCUCUACCUCAAAAUCCAUCUUCCACAUUUUCCACGUCUUGUUUGAUUCCUUUAGUAAGUAACAAUUGAUUGGUCUCAGUUGUGAAUAUACUUUGUUUGAGUUUACAGUGCGGUCUAGGUUACUUCAGAUCCUUUUGAACAAAUCUCUCCUUGUCUCAGUCUUAUCCUGAGAUCAUGAUACGUAAUUCUAUCCAUUACCUUUCUCAAAUUAUUCUUCAUCACUUAGUUUCCACACAGCAAU